CGAAAAUAUGCUUGUGACAAUUCUUUUAUUUGAACAAAUGAUUUAUUUGAAGAAGCUGAAUAAUGCAUUUGCAAUUAAAGGAACAGCGUGAAUAUUAAUUCGUCAAUUUUAAUCGUGUAAUACUAAACAAAUGUUGGAAGAUUAUGAGAGUUAAUUAGGUACUUAGAGAUUGCAUCUUUUAAUUAGGUACUUAGACAUUGCUCGAUCAAAAUUCUUAGUAUAAUUUUCCUUAAUUUAGUUUGAGAAUUUAAUUAGCAAAGUUAACAUACGCGUUGUGCAACUAAAUGAAUAAGUGAAACUACGAUUAUCACGAUAUUGUUGUUCAUACUUUAUCCGCCAUUUUCAAUAAUUUGGGCAAACAAAGAUUUAAUAAAUAAAGUGUUGCACUAACAUAAUUUUGUGAGAAGAGUGAGAGAAGAGUGCAAUUCUUUGAUCUUGAGAUUUCUCAAAAUUCUCAAAAUUUCUCAAAUGUGAAGAUUCAAAGUGAAGAAGAAUGAUGUGAAAAGACGAGUGCUCCAACGAAUCGCACUGCAGUAGAUCGUAGACAGUCGAUAUCCAUUCUGAUAGAUCAGAAUGAAUUUUGUGAGAGGAAAGAGUAUCUUCGAUGGGCGAUCGGUGCGGACGAAAGCCGCGGGAUCUUUACCAUGAGACUGGGGCUCCUGUUAGGAUAAUAUUAUCGCCAUCGUGUUAUGCAUAGUUCCUACCCUUUGAUCAACUUACUUGGGCCGGCCUAACAAGUAGUUGCCGUGUAGUCAGCAGAAGAGAUUACGUACAUCGAUUCGAGGGCAAAUAGCAGGUCGCUCUUGAAGAGACCUCGAUUUGAAUAUGAAGCCGGAAGUUGCGAACGCGAGCGACGCGCUCCUCAAUUGCAGCACGCAAUUUACCUCACUCACGGAUGUCGAGGCCUGCAGGCAUUAUUACCACGAAUUCGAGUACGAACUGGUGCACAGCAUCGUGGUGGUGGUGGUGCCAUUGUUCUUCGGUAUAAUCGGCAUUCUCGGCCUCGCCGGGAAUUCGCUGGUGGUCGUGGUGGUGGCGGCGAAUCCCGGAAUGAGGUCGACCACGAACAUCCUCAUCAUCAACCUUGCCGUAGCCGAUCUGCUGUUCGUUAUAUUUUGUAUACCGUUCACGGCCACGGACUUCGUGCUGCCGUACUGGCCCUUCGGUAAUGUCUGGUGUAAGAUCGUUCAGUAUCUGAUCAUCGUCACCGCUUACGCGAGCGUAUACACCCUGGUCCUCAUGAGUCUCGACAGGUAUCUAGCGGUUGUCCAUCCAAUCGCCUCGAUGUCAUGGAGAACGGAAAAUCACGCCAUACAGGCGAUUUGCGUCACAUGGGUAGUAAUCCUGGCGUUAUCCACACCCGCGCUCGUGAUUCACGGUGAGAUUCGCUACGUGUUCCAGGAACACAACUACUCGGAAAAUUUGACGGCUUGUCGGAUUCUGGAGCAGUACGAUUGGACCUCCUUCCAGAUGUCGUUUUUUCUGACGAGCUACGUGUUGCCCCUGGUGCUGAUAUGCAUUUUUUACAUGUCCAUGCUGGUGAAGCUGUGGCGUGGGGCGCGCAUCAGUGCCGAGAGCCGGCGUGGAAGGAGACGCGUCACGAGACUCGUCUUCGUCGUCGUCGGUGUCUUCGCCGCCUGCUGGUGUCCUAUACAGGUGAUACUGGUGACCAAGUCCCUGGAGGUGUUUCCGCUCACUACAGCGACGAUAAUGGUGCAGAUAGCCAGUCACAUCCUCGCUUACACCAAUAGCUGCAUUAACCCUUUCCUCUACGCCUUCCUGAGUGAUAACUUCCGUAAAGCCUUCCGAAAGAUCAUUUAUUGCAGGCCGCGGGCAGAGCCGAACAAUCGGCUGGGACCAACGACAAGAACUACGAGAGCUGCCAGCACUGGCGAUAUUCUUUAGCCAGUUUACCCUCGCUGCCAUUUUCGUCUGUCCCAUCUAUCGCGCGGACAUCAGAAAAAAAGGGCAAAACCGGGGAGAAGAGCGAACACAAAUUCAUCGAAACGACGACGCUGAUUGGCAUGUCCUCGCUCGCCACUGUUUAAAAACGACGAAUGCUUACAGUCUAUAGAAUAUUCGAUGUUUGAUGUCAUCUAGCAAAUAUGCCAGGCACAUGCUCUUAAUCCUUCAACUUGCGUCAGAAACGUGUAUGCAUUGAAUUCUUUUACAUAAGUUCUCUCCAUUUCUUUAUAUUCGGUAAAAUAAAAAAGUGAUGAUUAUUCAAAAGUAAUCGAUUAAAAAGUAACGUCCGAAUGCAAUAAAAUGCAGUUAGUUGCAGGCACACAGGAAAAGGAUUCCACUCGCAUCCGAUCAUUAUAAAUCAUCAUUACUGUUGACUCGCUUCUCAUCAAUGGAUUUUACAGUCGAUUCGAGCUUGCGGAUUACGUUACGUGAAUCCUUGCCGAUAUCGCGAGUGUGAUAUUAUAAUAUCUCUCAAUAAUAAAAAAAAAAAAACAACGGAUUCAUUUCCCGACGUCAUUAUUCAAAGCUAUUAAUUCGAAAGGUUAUAUACAAGAUCGUCAGAAAAUUAUACCCGUGAGAACUGUAAAACGUAUCAAUAAAGAUAUUGAGAUAAUCCACGCCA